AUGUCUUCCCAAAAGAAAGGUGGAUCAAUUACCGACUUAGUCGCAGGAGGCACUGCCGGGCUUUUCGAGGCACUUUGCUGCCAUCCUUUAGACACAGUCAAAGUGAGAAUGCAGUUGCACAAGAAAUCUGGACACAAACCUCCCGGCUUUGUGAGAACAGGAAUCAAUAUUGUCCAGAAAGAGACGUUUUUGUCUCUCUACAAAGGUUUGGGAGCUGUUGUUUUGGGUAUAGUUCCCAAGAUGGGAAUCAGAUUCCAGUCUUACGAGUUCUAUCGGUCGCUCUUGAGAGACCAGGAUGGUAACAUUUCUACCGGUGCCACCUUUCUCGCUGGUGUAGGUGCCGGUACAACUGAGGCUGUGUUGGUGGUUAACCCAAUGGAGGUGGUUAAAAUUAGAUUACAGGCACAACACCAUUCGAUGGCUGACCCAUUGGAUGUUCCAAAGUACAGAAACGCUCCACAUGCUGCUUAUCUCAUUUGCAAAGAAGAAGGAUUCAGCACCUUGUACAGAGGUGUGUCAUUGACUGCUGCUAGGCAGGCGUCGAACCAAGGUGUCAAUUUCACCGUGUACCUGAAGUUGAAGGAAAGAUUACAAGAAUACCAUGGGCUUGACGUUUUACCAAGUUGGGAAACUUCUUUGAUUGGGUUGGUGUCGGGUGCAUUGGGUCCAUUGUCCAAUGCUCCUUUGGACACCAUUAAAACUCGGUUGCAAAAGAGCACGUAUGCCUCUAAUGAGUCUGGAUGGGUUAGAAUCGCCAAGAUUGGAAAACAGUUGGUUAAAGAGGAGGGAAUCAAUGCGCUUUACAAGGGUAUUACGCCGAGAAUCAUGAGAGUGGCUCCCGGCCAAGCCGUCACUUUUACCGUUUAUGAGUACAUGAAGGGUGUUUUGAACGGUGACACGGCCAUCCCCGGCACCAACAAAAAACUUUCGUGA